UCAGUCUUGCACAGGUGUACCGGCCCCUCCCCUUCAGUCUUGCACAGGUGUACUGGCCCCUCCCCUUCAGUCUUGCACAGGUGUACCGGCUCCUCCCCUCCAGUCUUGCACAGGUGUACCGGCUCCCCCCCUCCAGUCUUGCACAGGUGUACCGGCUCCUCCCCUCUAGUCUUGCACAGGUGUACCGGCUCCUCCCCUUCAAUCCUGCACAGUUGUACCGGCUCCUCCCCUCCACCUGACCGUCCCUGGCCCCACCCCUUUGGAUUUCAGUUCUUUCAAUCAUAGAGGCUUGGUAUCACAUGUGGGCGUCACCUAGAUAGGUCUGCAUGUAACCACAGCCUGACUCCUCCAGAAUGACACUAACCCAUCAAGACAUUUUGA